AUGGGGCCCCAGUGUCAUGAGGAUGGGGAGCACAAGGAAAAGAGGAAAAGUGAAUUCACAUGAUACUGGAGGGGCCAAGAGGCCUGCUGGACUUACUUCUUGAUUCAGGAAGCCUAUAUGUACCUGUGUCUUAAUGUCACCCUGUGCUGCCUCUCCUACAGAAUCAAGCCUCAGUCUUACUUACCCCAAUCUUGA